CAAACACACCUGUCUCCAUUGUUCUGCAUAUUUAAGCUGUCUCGGUGUCUCCUCUUGUAAUCGCUAACUCUAUGAUGUUGACACUCGGGCUCUGAGGGAACCGUGCCAGCUGCUUUUUGUUCUUCUUCCUGGCAGUGUUGUGUUAAGGCUGUGACAGCAGUAUCUAGCUCCACAGUCGGCUCAGAUCCGAGCAACAACACUCUGUUCUCACGUUAAAACAUCCUUUUGAAAAGUAACUAUAAUUACUCCAGGGUGAGGCCUCGAACCUCUGACGUGUGCAGGAACUCAAAGUUUCUCCACAUCUGUCGGCUUCUUCUCCAAAGAGCUAAAACGGCAUGUUUGAGCGCUGCCGACCAUUUUACAUGUGUGUGCUUUAUUAGACCCCGCUGGCAUGGCGGCGGGAUAAUGUGCAUGAUCUUGGCAGCAGGCUUUUUGUUUCUGUGUCGAUGGAGGGUGGGUGUUGGGUGUUCAUGGGGGGAGAGUUCGACACAGGGGAAAUAAACCAGCACUUGCCAGGAAAUCGGCCUCCUUUUUAGCCCCCCCCCUCCCUGUCUUCUCUCACCGCCCCCACCACCGGCAGCCACCCUCAGCCUCCCUGCCUUUGAUGCAGCUAUUGUGCGAAGAUGCACCUCCAGCUGCAGGAGCCUGCAUCACAAUAAAACUUCAGACUGCAGCAGCGCAUGUGGAAGCCCUCCAGUUGUUGAGAACAGUCGCCACGUGCUACUUGAGUUAUCCCGACUCGUUAAGAGGAAGCUUGCGUCGUUUCAAGAUAAACAGAAUAAAAGCGGGAGGACUGAAUGAAACCUCCUACGGCGUUUGCUUUAUUCCCACAACCUUAAACGUGUCAAGCAGUCGUAAACAGAAUUUUUAAAAUUGCUGCGCAUUGACAUAUUUAGUGUGUGUGCGCUUAAUGAGCUGCUACAUUUUUUUUUCUUUGAUCUGCAGCUAUUUAUAAAUGUAGGAUUUGUGGUACCCUCGCAGACAGACAGAGGUGCAUUGUGGGGGAGGCGCACUGCCACACACUUGGCUCCGUGCCUUUUUGAUACAAAAGAAUAAAGAUGUUGCAAGACAUGUGGCCUCGUGUCAUAUAAACCCAUCGCUUCCUCUGAAGGAGGAGCGUGUUUUUAUUUGUUCACACUCGCAGCUUCGCUUGUUUAUUUGAUUGAAUAAUCUCUUACUUUCACUGUAAGCAUGGCCCUGUGUGACAUUCUCACUGUAGAGCUUUGAUAAGAAACACACGAGCAAAUAGUGCGGGAAUAAUACACAAGUACAAAGCUUUGUUUCAAAAACAAGUAUUCAGAACCAUCUUAAAUUUUAAUGAGCAGAUUUUAGUUAUUUACUUAUUCACUUUUUCUUCUCUUAUGGACUGAUAUGAGUUUUUAGUUGCAAGUAAAACAUACCUAUGUUUAAUGUCCUUUACAUUAUGAUGUUUUCUUGACUACUGAUGCAAAAACAAUGAACCGUUAUCUAUAAUAAUGUAAUUGCUAAUUUUAUUUUUGAUUGGUAUAUUUAGGAAGAAAAUAAAACUCCUCUAAAUUUAGUAUUUUUAGUUUUCAUGUAAAUGUGCUGACUGCGCUGAAUUUUCUACUGGUUGAAUAGCUAGAUAUAAUAUAAUCCUGGAUAUUGCAGGUAUCCAACAUUAUAUUAGCUGAGUAAUUAGUCAGGCUCUCUGCUCAGGUAGCCAAGCAGCAGCCAGCUGCCUAACAGGAUACUUUUUUUGUUGUUUUUUUGUGUGUGAGAUUCUGUUAUUAUCAGUAGUGAUUCCCUUUACCACAUCAUUUAUGGAAAAGUGAAUAAAUCCUCAGAGCAGUUAAUCAGAUGGGCCUCCAGUUUUCUCUGAUUUAUGCCAUUUAAAGUUGCUAUAACCUGAUUUAUUGCUGCUGGAAGUGCAGUAGUUAGUGUUGUUUUCUAAUUUGAACAACGUCGCUAAAUUUAACGCCAACUGAUCCCGAUUCCAACUUCAAGACCUGAAAAAGUUUCAAGAUCCUGCUGCAGAAUCCCAAUCUUUAACACAGAUAGUUUACAAAACAUCAAUUUUUUAUUUAUUUAUUUUUUGGUCAGCUUUUUUCACAAUCUGUCCCAACUUGACUUUCUGGUGAUAAAAACUGAGAUAAUAAAAAACCGUUUUGAAAAAUCUGCAGAUUUUUGAACAACAUGACUUUGAAACCCUGUAUUGACAUGCCUAAACUGGAGAGCAAUUUUAAUGGAUUGCUUCUGUCCGUUUCACGUCAUUGACGCUGUUUCCACUAAGGAUAGGAGCUGAACGAGUUAACGACUGGCUGGAAAGGCUAAACAUCAUGACACCUCUCCAUUUCUGGUUUGCGCAGAAGAGCAAGGCUCUUGUGGCAUGACGACGACUAACAAAGGAAAUAAAGCCUUAAAGGUGAAGCGUGAGCCGGGCGAAAAUGGCACCAGCCUCACGGACGAGGAGCUGGUGACCAUGUCUGUGCGGGAGCUGAACCAGCACCUCCGGGGGCUCUCCAAGGAGGAGAUCCUGCAGCUCAAACAGAGGAGACGCACCCUGAAGAACCGAGGCUACGCCGCCAGCUGCCGGGUCAAGCGGGUCACCCAGAAGGAGGAGCUGGAGAAGCAGAAGGCGCAGCUGCAGCAGGAGGUGGACAAACUGGCCAACGAGAACGCGUCCAUGCGCAUCGAGCUGGACGCCCUGAGGUCCAAGUACGAGGCCUUGCAGACCUUCGCCAGGACUGUGGCGCGGAGCCCCACCGUCGGGGUCGGGGUGAGGGCCGGGGGCGGCGGGGGCGGAGGGGUCCCGUCGUCGGUCAUCGGCCCGCUCAUACCGGGGAAGGUGGCGACGGCGACGAGCGUCAUCACGAUAGUCAAGUCAAAGACGGACGCGCGGUCUUGAGGGGAAGAAGGCUGAAGGGAGGGUGUGACAGGAUGGAGCUCCAGCCGCAUCAGAGUAAGCCUCCCUCUCUGUCGCCCCCCUCUCCUGCACCUGCACCGACUCCCAGCAGCUGGGCGGCACCACCCGGACCACCCCGACCUGUUCCCAUCGUCCGUCUCAGAUCAGUGCAGAUGAAGGACAGGAUGGAGGCAGAGGACGGUUUAUUGGCUCACAAAGAAGCUUCCAGUCAGAGAACUGGAUGAACACACACAGGGUCCCUUUGGCUAAAAUGUGGAUUACGAAUGUCAGAGAAUUGGAGAACUUGAUCUAGAGUCACGUAUUUAAAUCUGAGAGUCAUCAUUUUGGAAAAACACUAGAAUUGCGUUUGAUUCAUGCCAAUUUUCUAGUGUUGAGUUUAUAUAAAAAGGUUGAAAUCUGAAACAGAGAUGCACCUAUCAGGCUUUUCCUAGCAAUAUGAUUUCUGCUUUUGAAAGAUUGCGAUUUUUUUUUUUUUUUGCUGCAGGUUCAUUGAUAGACUUUUUUGACCCAAAUUAAAAUCAAACUAUUAAAAAUUACCCCUAUUUAUGCAUCACAGCAUGUGUUGCUAGACUAUAUCUGAUUAUUAAAACCCCCUGAAAGACUGUCAAACUCAUGCAAGUAAUUGAAAAUAGUUGGAGUUGAUAGAUUUGAUGCAUUUAAAAAAAAUAGAGACGAAAAUCUGCGUUUUCGGUAUCUAACCUGCAGAUUUCAAAUCAGAGCCAAUCAAGUGAUAAAUUGGCCAAUUCAGAUCUCUAACCAUGUUGGUUUGGUGCAUCUUUCAUUAAAAAUUAGGUACAUCAAUUGAAAACCCCAAGCUGUACAUCAGCUAUGUCUAAGAAUAAUGAUAUAAAAUAAAAAAAGUGACGUGCUGAUUUCAGUGACCGCACCGAAGCCCAGUCUUGUUUCACCCGAGAACUUUUGCAGAAAAGUACUAAUGGAAAAACCUAUAAUAUACGAUGGUGGUAACUGUAUUUCUACUGUUUUGUAGCGUGUUGUCAUUCACAUGAGGUCCAAGGUGUAUUCUCUGUGUGUGAAAUGUUAUAUAUCAGGAAUUCUGUGAAAUUCUGUGGCGAGUGUUUGUUCUGGUAUCGCUAUGUUUAGUUAGCUGUGUUCUUUUCUAUGGUCUUUCACUCUUUCUCCCUCCUGUUUUCCUUUCUCAAGAGCAAGUGGCUUCCAGUAUUACAUAUUGUACUUCCAAGAUUUGUCAGUAGGAGGAGGACGCUGCAAAGCAAUUCAUACUUAACAAAAAAUAGGAAGAGACAAAUGCACAAUAUCCUGUUGGGGGAAAAAAUGAAAAUAACUUUGGUUUGUGAGAGUUUCUAGAAAAAUAUGUUUAAUACGGAAAAAAGAUCAGAAGGGCAAGUACCUUGGUCUUAUAACGAUGUGCACCAAGAAGAAAGUCGAGAGGAACUGAGGGAGGAUGCUGAGGAUUCAAUGCAGAUGUAAAGCUUAAUGGCAUAUAUGCUGACCAAUCAGGAAUCAGACAGUAUUUACAGGUCAGGACGCAUCUAUUGGCACUCCUGGUAAAAAUGUGUAAAGAAAAAAAUGUUCACAUUUUUGUUGAAGUAGCAUAAUCUCAAUCUUAUAAGAAUUAGUGAGAAGGGAUAAAACUCAACGAGAUGGUCCAGUCUUUAAUUCCCCCCCACCCCCCUGGGUGUGGGGAAUUUUAACUUGAAAUUCAAACAUUUCUGUUUUUUGGGGGGUAUAAAUAUGAUGUGACAGAGAUCCAUUUCUAUUAGUUGCCAUCACAUGCAAUAAAUCUUUCAAGUUUAAGGUUUACUCUUAAAGAAGUGCAUCAAGAGUGGCAUCAUUGGGUCACCAAGUAACCAUGGCAACCAUUGGACACUAUCUACAUCUACAUGUGGAGUUUAUUGAGCCCAACUGGGAGUUUAACUGGAACCACUUGGGAAGCUUAAAGUGACAUUGAUUGUAAUUGUUUGAAGAGAAAACUAGGAGAAAACUUUGUUGUACAAAAUAUCAACAGCAGGGUUGGGUGUUCAAAACAAUUAUUUAUUUACAGUUUGUUUUUUUGUUUGUUUUUUUCCUGAACUGGAUGAAUGCUCUCAAAUUACAAGUAGGAUUUUUUUUCCCCCAGUAAGAGAUUAUUCUGCUGCAACAAAAAUGUAGUUUAUUUGAAUGCCUUUCCUCAGAUUUAGAUUCAUUUAUUUAAAAUUUGCACAUUAAUAAAUACACCCAAAAACUAAUUUCCGUCGGCUCAUAGUAAGUUGAUGUCGACACAUAAUAAUCUGCUGACACGUCUUUACCAGGAACACCAAUAAUUGUGGCUGGCACUUUGGUUUGCAAUGCGCUGUUUGAGCUCUGUUGUCAUCAUCAGAAUAAGACUCAUUAAUGCGACUGUCGGGGCAAUUAAAAACAGGUUUACUCCUAUUUAAUUCUCACCAGGAUGGGUCAGAUCUGAGGAGGACAGCUGACUUGUUGAAUGAGCUUUUUUUGUUUUGUUUUGUUUUGUUUUCUUCCAGUCAGUCAAGCAGGUUGAUAUUUGUUGUUUUUUUUCUCCCAGGCUUUUACCACAAACGUAGUCCUCCGUGGUGUUCUGUACUCAAAGAGUCUAUGUAUAGUGGAGUCUGUAAUUUUAUAAAGACAAUUAUCUUUGCAUUGUUUGUAACGACUUGUAAAAAAAAAAAAAAAGAAGGAAAAACAAACAAAAAAAAAGGUAUCACAAAAUCCGUUUGAUAUACAGUAAUCUCUCUAUUUUGCAAUUGUACCAAAAGUGGCUUAACUACUGAAUAGCUUUGUUUAUUUUUCCUCUAGUGAUUAGGCACGUGUGUGUAACGGUGGACUAGCGUGUGGCGUGCUGUGUAGGUAUGUAACGAGGUGACUACUAGCUACUUCCUUGGUUAUGAUUUUUAAGAUUUCAGCCCAAACGUGGACGAUGACGUCGUGUGUACCUGCACUCUUUCUCUCUGAUCGUGUACUCUUGGCCCCGCCGCCGUUCGGCUCCCACGCCACAGAACCUGCGAGGUCGUUUGUUGAACUGCACUUACAAACAGUGAAUUUGAACAAGUUCGCUUGUUUGACAGAUUUCCAAGCAAGGCAGCUGUGGCUGUUUUUGUUUUUGGGCCAGUUGCUAUGUUGAGGUCCUGUUGCUUCUGGGAUGAAAAUACAGAAGCUAGCAAAGUUAAGCUAGCAGAAAAGUGAAACUUGGUGAUAGGGUCUCUCGUCAAACUCACUCCUUCAGUAAGUUAUUUUUGUACUGUGUGAAUAAGGCACUCUGUUUUUCUCUGUAUAUUUUAUGUAUAUUUAAUGUUGUUCUUGUCUUAGCUUUUGAAGAUCUUCUGGAAGUGUCAGGGAAGUUAAAUGAUAUUUGUAAGUGUGUAUGGUGUUUUUUAAAGUAAAAAAAAAAAACUAUAUACUGCUAUUUAAUAGUUUGUCUGUCAGGGUGAGGUUGACCUUUUUAACCUGGUUUUAAAGAUUUCUUUCAAUGUUAUGCAAACUACUUACUGAGUUUUAAACCAUCAGGCUUCAAUGGCCAAAUCCAAUUUCCAAUAUUUUUGUGUUCCUACUGGCUAAUUGUAAGCUGUUGUUUUGCUUUGAUUUGUUUUGUCAGGACUGCCAAGUAUAAAGACUCAAAUGGGUUUAUAGAGAAAAAAGGAAAAUUUAAGGGAUUUAUAGAUUAUUCUCAUUUAUUAUUCAUACAAUUUGUCCCUAACCUUUCUCUGAUGAUUGCUAAACCCAAAAAGUGCAUCAAGUGUCUCAAGCAAUUCCACUCUGAUAUUAUAAUGAAAUGAAAACAACUUGAAGAUUAUAACCGGUUCUAAAUAUUAGACAUGCACCCAUCAGGCUUUAGUUUCACAUUUUUGUUGAAAAAUUUGAGGAGAUUUUGUCUCUCUGUGUGUGUGUUUUUUGUUUGUUUGUUUGUUUUUGUUGAUUUGGAGGGAUUUUUUUGAACUGCAGCAUUGAGUUCACAGAAAACAAAAGGGUUAGUCAUUCACCAAAGCAUAUGUCCCCAACUCUUAUCAAAAAAGGAAUCAGAAAACCUCCGAAAAGGUGGGGAUUUCUAAGUGUUGAUGCAUUCAACAAAACAGGAAAAACUAUUUUCUCCCAUUUUUUUAACAACCAAACAACAGAGUGAAGGAGAAACCGACUGACUGAUUGGUGCGUCUUUAACAAUGAUGCGUCCUUUUGCCUGAACUGCUACGACUCCCUCCAGAAAGGUUAGCGAGCAUGCCACCACCUUUAAGAAUAUAUUAUAAAUUUCAUUUAAACGGUGAGCAAAAACGAAACAGUUUCUACAGGGUUUUAACAGUUUUUAACAAUUUACUCUGUGCCAAAACGGCUCCAGAUUUUGUUGAAUUUAAACUCUAACCUAUCCAGAGGAAUAGCGCUACAUCCAGAUUUCAACAUCACGCUUGAAUUUUCAUUGAAAAAAAAAAAUCACUUUAAUGUAUCAGCUAAAUCAGUGAGAACCUAUUUUCUGUCUGAUCUAUUCUGUUGUUUUUCUGUUAAACUUAGAGAUUUCUGUUUUCCACUGGAGAGUUUACUGCUGUUUGUGCCUCUGUCAACCUGCGUUUCAUCGUCGGCUUGUGAAGGAUCCGGUCUGUACAAGCAUGAAUGUGUUAAACCGAAACUUAUUAUGCAAAUGGCGUAGGGUAAAAUUAAAACUCCUGCCUCAGAGGAGGAGUGAUGCUAUCAUGCCUGUGUUUUUUUUUUUUUUUUUUGUUUUGGGUUUUUUUUUUUUUUUUUUGUCUCAUUGUUUGUUUUAUAAUUGCAGGUGCAAUGUGAUGUGACGAGGUUAAAAAGCAUUUUGUAAGUGAUAAUGAAAACCGAUGUGGGUUUGUCUUUGUUUAAUUGCGCCUCAGAGUGUUCUGGCGUCUUCUCAGUUUUUCCUCAAAGUUAACUGUGACAUUUGCGACGAUAAAAUCUCUUUUAAUUUCUUUCCAAAUGAGAGGAUGACAUAUAAAAUAAGCUUUGACACGUGGCUCCCUUCACAUCUAUUGGCACCACUGGUAAGAAAUAUGUGAAAGGAAAAACAACAAUGAUCUAAUCUCAUUUUUAAAAAUCCAAUCCGAUCUGACUACCUUAAUUAAAGGAAUCACUGACUUCCUGUUACCUUGGGUCAUAAACAUGAGAUGAUUUUUCUUAUCCAUGCUUCAAAACGGGAAAGACAAGAAAACAUGCCAUUUAAAAAGGGAAGACACGUCUAUAAGUCAGAAAAUGGUUAAUAGAAAAGGGCUAUCCAUUCAAGUCUACAGUCAGAGAAUACAUUUUCAGGGCUGUGAAAAAGUAUUUGCACCCAAUUGAACUAGCCACAUACAUGGCCGAUUACUGCCGGACUUGUAAAAGCAGAAAAACGCUUAACUAAACUGAUCUCAAGAUCUCAAAAAGAAGCAUAUCAUACCCCGAAAUAAAACAGAAAACUUAAAGACCAGAUUUGAAACAAAGUCUUUGACGUCUCUCUGUCUGGAAAGCUUCAUAAAACCCGAAAACAACAACAACAA